AUGUCCAUUACAUUACCAUUAUUUAAUAUUGCCUGGUUAUUCGUAUUUGCUUUUGUUAUAUUAUUAGCAUUUACGGGUAAUAGUCUUGUUAUAUUAGCAAUAUUAAAAGAUAAAACAAUGCAUACAUCAACAUAUUAUUAUAUAAUUAAUGUCAAUAUUGCCGAUUUAAUUUUGAUAUUAUCAUGUUUACCAGAACGAAUACACGAUGCACUACCAUUUUUUUCGACUGGUUUUCAUCUCGGACGAUUAACGUGUUAUUUAUUGCCAUUUCUUCAACG